CAAUCGAUGCCUAAAUUAUCGAUUGUAUCGAAUAAACAUCUGCCAAAAACGCAUAAAAAGAGUGUAUUAAAAAAAGAAGCCAAACGUCAAGAAAGCGGCGAAUCCGGCUAUUCCCGACGCUGCGAACCAGGACAAGGACACCGGAUACGGAUUAGGAGAGGAUGAUGACCGGCAAGGUGGGCGGGGUGGUGGUGCUCAACUGCCGGACGUGCACGCGUGCCUGCAAGCAGCACAAGCCGCUGCAUGAGGAGAUCGAACUGGGACCGGAGGGCAGCACAACGCUGGCCAGCAUGCUCAACUACUGCGCCGGGCUCUCUUUCGAGCCGCAGGACGGCGCCGCCAUGCCACAGCACAUCUGCCUCAAUUGCCUGCAGCUCCUGGAACAGGCGUUCAACUUCAAGCGCAUGGUCAUCGACUCCGACGAGCUUCUCCGCCUGGGCCUGGACGAGGCGCAAGGCACCAGCCACCAACACAAUCAACAGUGCCAGCAAAACCAGCAGCAGCACCAUCAGAAUCCCGACCAGCAACAGCACGCCGGCGAUCCGGGCGAGGAGUACCUCAUGAUCGAGAUGCUCAACGAGGAGCAGGAGCCCGGCACUGUAGAAUGCCAUAUAAGUGUCUCACCUAAGAUCCUUAAUCAUUGCAUUAAGUUGGAAGAACAAGAAGUCGAGGCCGAACCUCACGAGCACAUGAACGAGGAAGAAUUCGUCAUCGAGGAAGUGGCCGAUCAUGAGGAGGAGCUGACGGAGGAGGAUCAACAGCAUGAACAGGCGGGCGGCCAGGAGGAGCACAUCACCAUGGAGAGUGUUCAUGAAUUUCAGCCCGCCGAAGUUGAGUACGUGACCAUUAAGGAUGAGUUCGAAACGAUCGUCACUGAGGAAGAUGAGAUCGAGAUAAUGGACGAGUCCGGAGCACAAGACGAAAUACUGGACGGGCAGAUGAUUGUGAUACCCGCUGAAGGAGCCAUAGACGAGGUGAUCGGGGAGGAGGCCAUCGAGCUAGACGAGAACGAGCGCGAAGAGCAUCUGCUGCCGGAAGGGGAGGAUGUCUGCGAGGAGGAGGACUUCCUGGAGGAGUCGCUGGACUCAACGCCUCUGACCACGGGCGAAGCUCUUCCGCAUGUGUGCUCCGUGUGCCAGAAGGCGUUCCGCCAGCAGUGUCGACUGAACCAGCACAUGCGCUCCCACGUCGACGAGAAGCACUACGAGUGCGAGGAGUGUGGCAAGCGACUGAAGCACCUGCGCAACUACAAGGAGCACAUGCUCACCCACACCAAUGUCAAGCCGCACCAGUGCAACAUCUGCGAUCGGUUCUACCGCACUACCUCUAGUCUGGCGGCCCACAAAAGAACGCAUGCUGAGGAGAAGCCCUAUAACUGCGAUCAGUGCGGCCGUGGAUACGCGGCCUACGAUCACCUUAGACGCCACAAGCUCACCCAUACGGGCGAAAGACCCUACGCCUGCGAUCUGUGCGACAAGGCGUACUAUGAUUCGUCCUCCCUGCGCCAGCACAAGAUUAGCCAUACCGGCGAGAAGGCCUUCACUUGCGAGAUCUGCGGCGUGGGACUGUCCCAGAAAUCGGGCUACAAGAAGCACCUGCUCGUCCACACCGGCGCCAAGCCGCACAAGUGUCCCAUCUGCGAUCGGGCCUUCACCUUCACCAGCAACCUCAAUGCCCACGUCCGCCUGCAUUCCGGCGAAAAGCCGUUCAAGUGCGAAGUCUGCAUGAAGGCCUUUCCCACAAAGAAGCGUCUGAAUAGCCAUUUGCGUGUCCACAAUAAAGAGACACCGGUGAUGGCCACCGCCGGCGGGCAGUCAAUCGAUAACCGCCGACGAGCGGUGGCAGGAGGAGCAGGCGGCGGAGGAGCCGCCAACCUGCACCUAACCGAAGUACCUGAGCAACCGGUGUCCACCUCCAAAGUGGUGGUGGUACUUUGAGCGGGCAUCGGCCGGAGGGUGCGGCUGUAGAGUGUAAGACUAGACUAAGGUUUUUACAUUUACGACUACGUGGAUCUGUUAGAAAUCAAACACAAUAAAAAGUAAUGACACUGUACCAUGUA